AUGGCGCUGCGUCGCAGACGAAGCAGGCUGCUCUUGACAGUGCUUUCCUGCACCACACGCUCCAGAGCGUAUCUCUCCGCUGUUUCAGCCACAGCCACGCCAGCGGCCCAGGUUCUUAACUACCGACUUCCUUCCCGCAGCAUCUCCGCCGUACUUCCGGAUCCGACUCCACUUCUUCAGACGGCCCCGACCCAUGCAGCAAAGCUACAGGACCCAUGCAAUGAUAGUUUCGCUGAGCCUCAAGAACCAUGCAGCAACAACUACUCUGAGCCCCAAGACCCAUGCAACAACUGCUCCGCUGAGCUCCUGCAACCCUGCUACAACGGCUCCGCUGAGCCCCAAGAACCACGCAGCAACAACUACGUCGAGCUCCAGGACCCAUGCAACGAUGGCUUCACUGAGCCCCAAGACCCAUGCAAUGACUGCUUCGCUGAAGCCCCAAGAACCACGCACAGCAGCUACACCGAGGCCCAAGAUCUGUGCAAUGACUGCUCUGCCGAGCCCAAAGCCCCAUGCAGCAACAGCUCCACCGAGCCCCAGGUCCCAGGCAACGACGGCUCCACCGAGCCCCAGGACCCGGGUAACGACGGCUCCACCGAGCUACAGGACCCAGGCAACGACGGCUCCAACGAGCCCCAGGACCCAUGGAGAAGCAGCUCCGCUGAGCCCAUAGGACCUUUAGGAACAGCUCCGCCAAGGUUCAGGACCCAUCUAAUGACUGCUCCGCUGAGCCCCAAGACCAUGCAGCAACUUGAGGUAGCAACUUCAAUCACAAAUAAUCCAACAACUACAACUGAGGUAGAAACAACAACAAAUGAGCCAAGCACUACAACAAUUGAAGCAACAACGUCAACCACAGAUGAACCAACAACUACAACCACAAUUGAGCCAAAAACUUCAACCACAAAUGAACCAACAACUACAACUGAGGCAACAACAACCGAGCCAACAACAACCACAAUUGGGCCAACUACUUCAACCACAAAUGAACCAACGACUACAACAGAGGCAAUAACAGCAACAAUUGAACCAACAACAACCACAACUGAGACAACUACAACCACAAGUAAGGCAACAACAACCACAUUUGAACCAAAAACAACCACAAUCGCGCUAACUACUACAACCACAAAUGAUCCAACAACUACUACUGAGGUAACAACAACCAAGCCAACAACUUUAACCAUUAAUGAACCAAUGACUAUAACAGAGGCAACAACCACCACAAUUGAACCAACAACAACCACAAGUGAACCAAUAACAACCACAAUUGUGCCAACUACUUCAACCACAAAUGAUGAUCCAACAACUUCAACCACAAAUGAACCAAUGACUACAACAGAAGGAACAACAACCACAAUUGAGCAACUACAUCAAUCACAGAUGAACCAACAACAACCAAAAUUGAGCCAACUACUUCCACCACAAAAGAACCAACAACUACAACUGAGGAAACAACAACCACAAAUCAGCCAAACCAACACUGAGCCAACAACUUCAACCAUAAAUGAACCAACGACUACAACGGAGACAACAACUUCAAACACAAAUAAACCAACAACUACAACUGAGGCAACAACAACCAUAACUGAGCAAAGAACAACCACAAUUCAGACAAUAACUUCCACCACAAAUGAACCAACAACUACUACUGAGGUAACAACAACCACAACUGAACCAACAACUUCAACCACAAAUGAACCAACGACUACAACAGAGGCAACAACAACAAAUAUUGAGCCAACAACCACAGUUGAGGCAACAACUUCAACUACAAAUGAACCAACAACCACAAUUGAGGCAACAACAACCACAAUUGAACCAACAAAAAACACAUUUGUCCCAACUACUUCAACCACAAAUAAACCAAUUACUACUACAGAGGCAACAACAACAACCAUUGAACCAACAACAAACACAAUUGAGGCAACAACAACCACAAUUGUGCCAACUACUUCAACCGAAAAUGAAUCAAUGACUACAACAGAGACAAUUGAGGCAACAACAACCACAAUUGAACCAACAACUUCAACCACAAAUGAACCAACGACUACAACAGAGGCAACAACUACAAAUAUUGAGCCAACAACCACAAUUGAACCAACAAAAAACACAUUUGUCCCAACUACUUCAACCACAAAUAAACCAACAACUUCAACCACAAAUGAACCAACAACCACAAUUGAACCAACAAAAACCACAAUUGGGCCAACUACUUCAACCACAAAUGAACCAACAACAACAACAACAAUUCAGACAACAACUUCCACCACAAAUAAACCAACAACUACAACUGAGGUAACAACAACCAACACUGAGCCAACAACUUCAACCAUAAAUGAACCAACGACUACAACGGAGACAAUAACUUCAAACACAAAUAAACCAACAACUACAACUGAGGCAACAACAACCAUAACUGAGCAAAGAACAACCACAAUUCAGACAAUAACUUCCACCACAAAUGAACCAACAACUACUACUGAGGUAACAACAACCACAACUGAGGCAACAACUUCAACCACAAAUGAACCAACGACUACAACAGAGGCAACAACAACAAAUAUUGAGCCAACAGCCACAGUUGAGGCAACAACUUCAACUACAAAUGAACCAACAACCACAAUUGAGGCAACAACAACCACAAUUGAACCAACAAAAACCACAUGUGUCCCAACUACUUCAACCACAAAUAAACUAAUUACUACUACAGAGGCAACAACAACCACAAAUGAACCAACAACAACCACAAUGGAGGCAACAACUUCAACCACAAAUGAACCAACA